AUGUCCCUGUGUUUGCACCGCGAGCCCUUUGACCCCACGUUUGUACUGAGUCGCUCACGGUCCAACAUUAUCUGUUCCGUGCUCUUCGGCAGCCGCUUCGACUACGAUGAUGAGCGUCUGCUCACCAUUAUCCGCCUUAUCAAUGACAACUUCCAAAUCAUGAGCAGCCCCUGGGGCGAGACACCCUUCGUCCUCCUCCAAAACCCUCCCACUCUGUCUGGUCCCCAGUUGUACGACAUCUUCCCGAGCCUCCUGAACUGGGUGCCUGGGCCACACCAACGCAUCUUCCAGAACUUCAAGUGCCUGAGAGACCUCAUCGCCCACACCGUCCACGACCACCAGGCCUCGCUAGACCCCAGAUCUCCCCGGGACUUCAUCGACUGCUUCCUCACCAAGAUGGCAGAGAAGAAGGAGGACCCGCUGAGCCACUUCCACAUGGAUACCCUGCUGAUGACCACACAUAACCUGCUCUUUGGCGGCACCGAGACGGUGGGCACCAUGCUGCGUUACGCCUUCCUGGCACUCAUGAAGUACCCGAAAGUUCAAGCCCACGUGCAGGAGGAGAUCGACCUUGUGGUGGGACACGUGCGGCUGCCAGCGCUGGAGGACCGCGCGGCCAUGCCUUACACAGACGCGGUGAUCCACGAGGUGCAGCGCUUUGCAGACAUCAUCCCCAUGAGCUUGCCGCACCGCAUCACUAGGGACACGGCCUUUCACGGCUUCCUGAUACCCAAGGGCACCGAUAUCAUCACCCUCCUUAACACCGUCCACUACGACCCCAGCCAGUUCCUGACGCCCCAGGAGUUCAACCCCGAGCAUUUUUUGGAUGCCAAUCAGUCCUUCAAGAAGAGUCCAGCCUUCAUCCCCUUCUUAGCUGCUGAGGGCAGGAAUCAGAGUCUUUCUGGCCCAAUUUCUACCUACAUUCCUCAUCCUAAUUCCACUUGCCAAAUCCUCUCACUCCUUCCUUCCACCUAG